AAGCGAAUGGUUGGUAGAUGGCUACACAGUGUUAUGUCUUUUUCACAUUAAUUAAUCAAUGUCAGAUACAGCAAUGUCAUUUGAUUUCAUAUCAUAUCGAAGUGGCACAAGUGCUUAUUGGUGGGUGUCGAAGAGGUGUUGGAUUUUAUGAGUUUGAUGAGAGGAAGCAUGUUAAUGUAGUGGAAGCGAGCGGUGCCGAGCAGAGGUCAACGACGGCGGUCGGCGGAGAGCCGCGUCUGCACGCAGCAUGGGCUACGACAUCGGGUGGAUCAUCCCGAGGCUGCGCAACCCGGGCCGCCUGUGGACGUGUGCUAGCUCCAUCACGGUAGCGGUCGUUGGAUUAUUUAGUAAAAUUAUUAUUGAGUUCCUGAACAAGACGACGGUGCACAACCGCGAGGCGCUGGCCCGCGCCGUGCGCCGCCCGCCCGGCGUGCCCCUGCUCACCGUCUCCAACCACCACUCGUGCUUCGACGACCCCGGCCUCUGGGGCGUGCUGGAGGCGCGCACGCUGCUGAGCCGCGCGCGCAUGCGCUGGGCGCUGGCGGCGCACGACAUCUGCUUCACGAACGCGCUGCACGCCUGCUUCUUCGCGCUGGGCAAGUGCGUGCCCGUGGUGCGCGGCGCCGGAGUGCACCAGCCCGCGAUGGACUUCUGCGUGGAGCGACUGGCGCAGGGCGAGUGGGUGCACAUCUUCCCCGAGGGUCGCGUCAACGUCGACAAAGAGAACAUCAGGUUCAAGUGGGGCGUGGGGCGGCUGGUGGCGGAGAGCUGGGCGCGCGGCCGCACGCCGCUCGUGCUGCCCGUGUGGCACGAGGGCCUCGACCGCGUGCUGCCCAACGUGGAGCCCUACCGGCUGCGUCUGCGCAAGCGCCUGCAGCUCUGCGUCGGCGAGCCCAUUGCGCUCGCGCCGCUGCUGCACAGUUUGCAGACCGCCAACGCCUCCGAGGAGGAGACGCGCCGCGUCGUCACCGAGCGCAUCCAGCUCGAGCUGCAUCGUCUGCGAGACGCCGCGCGCGCCCUCCUGCCCGCCGCGCCCACCGCGCCCACCGCGCCCAUCGCCCGCAUGCGCAACGGUAUCGAGCGCGACAAGGACGCCUAGGCCGGCCGCGCCCACACACAUAUCCUUCUAAGCACAAAUGACGCGCAGCAACAGACGGACCUUUGUAUUUACAAAUCAACCGCUUCAAGUCACUUUUUUAUGAUAAUAAGUUAUUCAGUGUCCAGUGAGUGCAGUUCCGAGUCACGUGUCCCCUCCCCUGUAUAUACCUCUCCAGAGAUUUUAGCUCACUUUUGUAUAUUUUUGUAAGGUUCGCUCCAUCUCCGACGCCAUGCCCACUUUUAUAUGACACUUUGAUAUUUUUAUAGUUAUAUUUAUGUAUAAUAAAAAACAUGAUCACGUGACGCACUCGUUACAAUUAUUGUAUUCAGUCGUGGGGAGUGGAGUGAUGUGGAGGAGGUGAGGAGGUGAGGAGGUGAAGGAGGUGGUGACGUGUAGACAACAGUGUACGUGUAUGUGUAUAUUGUGAAUGUCCAACUUCAAUUUUUGAUGUUGUUUGUAUUUUAGAUGCAAGUAUUUUUAUGAGUCACUUGAGACAUAUAACGUCGGGCGGGCAAGUAGAGAGCGGGAAUGUUGUACCGCGGAGCUGACACACGCCGAGUGCGUCUCGCGACCGCGAACACAUCUUCACUUUAAAAACAUAUUGUCAUCCCUCUAACUGUGGCUCGACCCUGAACAAGUAGAGUCCACAGAGCGCCACAAGUUAGUAGGAAUGAUAACCAUUGAUGGUCAGAGUCCGCCUCGAGUAUGUAUGUGUUGUGUUCGCUUUAAGGGUUCACGUAUUUUUAUUAAGGAAAUAAAUCAAUGGAUCUUUUUACGACGGCUUUUAUUGAUCUCCUUGCAAUUGCCUAUGAUUACUAUGUUCCUAAUGUCCUUUGCCGAAUGAUCAAAGUCCGUAGCUGUAUCACCUCGAGCUGACAGAUCACACACACACACACUGCAGCUUUGC